UUCAUUCUUAACACCAAAUUGGUGUGAAAAACAUGUUUUUUCUUCUAGAAGUUCACAGAUGAGCUUUCCUUUCCUUCCUCUCUACCACAAGAAAGUGACUGCAAAUUUUCUAUCUUGUUUCCCUCUCACACUCAAUCACGUUUUCAAAUUCCAGCAUUGCACGCAAACGCAGGUGGCAAAUGGGUGAAGCAUUAGCUGAAAACUUCAACUUUGUUUGUUGGAAUACCCGCCCAUAAUGUUUGUUUAUUUUGUUGUCGGUUUCUGUUGGGUUUAGAUUACCAAACUUGCAGAUUUGAGAUUCUUCAUUGGUUUUUUCAAAUACAUGUUGUGUUCAUAGAUAGGUCUUCUUGGAAUUUAGAAGAAGCUAGAUGUUACUGAUAGAGGGUUAUAAUCGGUUUAUAUUUCGACCCAGUUGGAAAUUGUUGGUAUUUGUCAUUGUUGGGGUUGAUUUUGUGAUAGAAUUUGAUGUUGUGUAAGUUUGAGCAUGAGUCUUAGUUUUGAAAAAGUGUUGGAAAUUGUGAUCUUGGAUGAGAUUUUUCACUAGGAUUUGAGGGCAUUUGAGAUCUUCUGUUCAUAUUUCUCAGAAUUUUGAGGGAUUCAUAAUAUUUAGGGUUUAUCAGUGUUCUCUGGAACCAAGAUGGUUGGAACUACUGAAGCCAAUGGCCAUGAUGUGUAUCUAAAUGGUUCUCUUCAGAAUAUAAAUGGCGGUUUAGAAGAGAAGGUUGAUGAGCUUCGCGCGCUAAUUGGGAAAGUGGAGGGUGAUCCAUUGAGAAUAGUUGGUGUUGGAGCUGGUGCUUGGGGUAGUGUGUUCACUGCUAUGUUGCAGGAGGUUUAUGGAAGUUUAAGAGAAAAGGUUCUUGUAAGGAUAUGGAGACGGCCCGGAAGGUCGGUCGAUAGGGCCACUGCUGAGCACUUGUUUGAGGUGAUUAAUUCAAGGGAGGAUGUGCUGAGGAGGCUUAUUAGGAGGUGUGCUUAUUUGAAAUAUGUUGAGGCAAGAUUAGGUGACAGGAUACUUUAUGCAGAUGAGAUUUUGAAAGAUGGGUUUUGCUUGAAUAUGAUUGAUACCCCUUUGUGUCCUCUGAAGGUCGUGACAAACCUGCAGGAGGCUGUGUGGGAUGCUGAUCUUGUGAUUAAUGGCUUGCCAUCAACGGAAACCCGUGAGGUGUUUGAAGAAAUUAGUAAGUACUGGAAAGAGAGAGUCACACCUCCUGUCAUUGUUUCGCUGGCAAAAGGUGUAGAGGCUGAAUUAAGUCCUGAACCACGGAUAAUAACUCCCACUCUGAUGAUCAAUCGAGCGACUGGAGUUCCCAUGGAGAACAUCCUUUAUCUUGGAGGUCCAAACAUUGCCUCAGAAAUUUACAACAAGGAAUAUGCAAAUGCUCGAAUAUGUGGGGCAGAAAAGUGGAGGAAACCAUUGGCGAAGUUUUUGAGGCACCCUCACUUUGUCGUGUGGGACAAUGGUGAUCUUGUUACCCAUGAAGUCAUGGGUGGAUUAAAGAAUGUAUAUGCUAUUGGAGCAGGAAUGGUAGCUGCUUUAACAAAUGAAAGUGCCACCAGCAAAUCAGUAUACUUUGCUCACUGUACAUCAGAGAUGAUUUUUAUCACUCAUCUGUUAACAGAAGAGCCAGAGAAACUUGCAGGACCACUGUUGGCUGAUACUUAUGUAACCUUGUUGAAAGGUCGUAAUGCGUGGUAUGGACAGAAGUUGGCCAAAGGGGAAUUGAGCCUGGAAAUGGGUGAUAGUAUCAAGGGCAAGGGAAUGAUUCAGGGAGUCUCUGCAGUUAGGGCAUUUUAUGAGCUACUUAGUCAGUCCAGCCUAAAUGUUCUAAAUCCUGAAGAAAACAAGCAUGUAGCCCCUGUGGAGCUUUGUCCCAUCUUGAAGAUGUUAUAUAGAAUACUAAUAAUAAGGGAAUAUCCAGUGCAAGCCAUUCUUCAAGCAUUAAGAGAUGAGACCAUGAAUGAUCCCCGGGACCGUAUUGAAAUUGCCCAAAGCCAUGUGUUUUUCAAGCCAUCUCUUCUUGGUCAGAGACCUUGAGUGCUAGUUUCAUGUGUUUGGUGGUAAAUUUUGACAUUGGUAUUUGUGAAUUUCUGUGUAUCACAUUCCCCCUCCAAAAAACUAGGAGUAGAUGCUGGACAUCUCUGAGAUUUUCAUCGUAAAUGACUGUAGGUGUUCUAGUUGAGGCUCUAGAUUGCUAAUAUUAGAGUGAUAUUCGUAGGUCUAUUGCCCGAAUUAGUUGCACGGAUUUACUGUGUGUUUUGUUUUAGAUUUGGAAAGAAAUUUCAUUGGUACAUACAUGUGUUCUGAUUUUCUUAUCUUGAUGGGGUUGCUUUUGUCAA